UCAACCAAACCCUUUUUCGCGCCCGCCUUCUCUCUCUCUCUCUAGCCAUGGCUGCUUGCAUCGGGAAGCUCGCCAUCUUCUCUCUCCUCUUUAUGUCGAGCGUUUUCGUCUCGGCGAACGCGCACGGCUUCGCCCGGAGCCUCCUCCCGCGGGAGCUCGGGCUCAAGAAGGAGAAGCUCAGCCACCUCCACUUCUACUUCCACGACAUCGUGAGCGGGAGCAAGCCGACCGCAGUGCGCGUCGCCGAGGCCAAGAUGACCAACUCGUCCACCACGGGGUUCGGCGCCGUGGUCAUGGUCGACGACCCGCUGACCGAGGGCCCCGAGAUGAGCUCCAAGGAGGUCGGGCGGGCGCAGGGGAUCUACGCGCUGGCGUCGCAGAACGACGUGGGGCUGCUCAUGGUGCAGAAUUACGUGUUCUCCGAGGGGAAGUACAACGGGAGCACGCUGAGCGUGCUGGGCCGGAACGCCGUGUUCUCCGGCGUGCGGGAGAUGCCGAUCGUCGGCGGUAGCGGGCUCUUUCGGUUCGCCCGCGGCUACGUCCGGGCGAAGACGCACACGUUCGACCUCAAGACCGGGGACGCCUGCGUGGAGUACAAUGUCUACGUCUUCCAUUACUGAUCCUCGUUCGCGAGAUGUCUCUCAAGGCCUCUUUCUAGAAAGAUUUCUCGUAGUCUAGCAUGAGGGCCGUGUUGUUUAUCUUGUUUCUUCGGUAUCUAGUUUUUAUUUUUCCAUUUUUGCAGUCACA